AUGGGGACGCCAGAGACUUCUAGAGAGCCGUGUCCAGACCGUAUUCUGGACGACAUCGGCGGCGCUUUUGGCAUGGGCGCUGUUGGCGGCUCCGCUUUCCACUUCAUAAAAGGUGUCUACAACUCUCCCACCGGUGAACGUCUUAUUGGCGGCACACAAGCCGUUCGUAUGAACGCGCCGCGUGUUGGAGGCAGCUUCGCCGUGUGGGGAGGCCUCUUCUCCGCCUUUGACUGUUCGAUGGUCUACCUCCGCCAGAAGGAGGAUCCGUGGAAUUCCAUCAUAGCCGGCGCCGCCACUGGAGGCUUCCUCUCCAUGCGGCAAGGGCUCGGAGCCUCCGCUCGCUCAGCUGCAUUUGGUGGCGUUCUCCUGGCUUUGAUAGAAGGAGCUGGAAUUAUGCUGAACAAGGUUAUGAGUGAUCAACAGAGUAUGCCUAUGAUGAUUGAAGAAGACCCCAUGGCUGCUAUGGCUGGUGGUGGGCCUGGAGGGUUCCCCAUGGGCCAGACCCAAGAGCCUGAGUCGGGUUCGUGGUUCGGUGGGUGGUUUGGUGGAGAGAAGAAGAACAAGGAAUCGACGGCGGGAAGUAGUAAGACGGAGAUUUUGGAGAGUUUUGAUGCACCACCAGUGCCAACUUUCGAGUACAAGGAUACAAGCCAUGAUGUAAAAUCUGGAGCUGAUGCUCUCCUCAAUAACAGAACCAUCUCUUCACUCCAGCAAAAUACUGAUAGGAUUAUCCUCUUUACCGGUUUAUUCUCAGUGAUCUUGUUAGUGGGCCUGACCAUCUUCAGUGGUUGCCUCGUCUUCUGUUCCACAAUGAAGAGGCUUGCUCCUCAAGAAUACCCUUCUUUAAUGAUUUCUGAACAAUGGUUGCUUUCGUGGGAUUGCGUUGAGCAAAAGGUUGGGAAAGUUUGGCUGGGGGGAGAGUGA